AUGUUUGUACGGCACCCUAAGGAUGUCCGCGCAUUCAUUUUCUUUCUUUUCUUUCUUUCUUUCUUUCUUUUCUUUCUUUCAUUCAUUCUUUUUUACUUGGCCUUUCUCUUUCUUUUCUUAUUUCAUUUUUCUUCUUGUCUUGUUUUCUUUUCUAUCGUUUUGCAUAGUUUCUCUUUUUUUUGUCAACAUUUUUUCUUUUCUGCCUCUAUUUCUAUCUAUCUAUCUAUCUAUCUAUCUAUCUAUCUAUCUAUCUAUCUAUCUAUCUAUCCCGGUUUCUUUUCUUUCUUUCUUUCUUUCCCAGUCUCUCCAUAUCUAUCUAUCUAUCUAUCUAUCUAUCUAUCUAUCUAUCUCUUCCUUUUCUUUUUUUUACCUGUUUUUUUUCUUUCACUUUUCUUCACUUUUGAUUUUCUUUUUCUUUUUCAUUUCUUUUUUCUUUCUUUGGUGCUUUUCUUUUACUCAUCCAUAGCUUCUCCUUAUUUAUUUUUUUUCAUUGUCUUUAAAUUUUUAUUUUUUUCGUUCAUUUUUCCUUCUUCGUUUCAUCUUUAUGCACGAUCGUCUUCUUCAUCCUCAUUCUUUUUGCUCUUUACGCUUUUUCCUUUCUUUCUCUCUCUCUCUCUGUCUGUCUCUCUCUCUCUCUCUCUCUCUCGUCCUCUGUUUCUCUUUACUUUUUUUUCUUUUUCUUUUUCUUUUCCCCUUUUUCUCUCCUUCUUUUUUUUUCUUUUUCUUUUUCUUUUCCCCUUUUUCUCUCCUUUUUUUUUUUUUUUUUUUUCUUUUCCCCUUUUUCUCUCCUUUUUUUCUUUUUCUUUUCUUUUCCCCUUUUCUCUCCUUUUUUUUUUUUUCUUUUUCUUUCCCUUUUCUCUCCUUCUUUUUUUUUUUUCUUUUUUUUUUCCCUUUUUUCUCCUUUUUUUUUUUUUUUUCUUUUUCUUUUUUCCUUUUUUCUCCUUCUUUUUUUUUUUUUCUUUUUCUUUUCACCUUUUUCUUUCCUUAUUUUUUUUUUUUCUUUUUUUUCCCUUUUCUCUCCUUAUUUUUUUUUUUUUUUCUUUUUCUUUUCACCUUUUUCUCUCCUUAUUUUUUUUCUUUUUCUUUUUCUUUUCACCCUUUUUCUCUCCUUCUUUUUUUUUCUUUUUCUUUUUCUUUUACCCUUUUUCUCUCCUUCUUUUUUUCUUUUUCUUUUUCUUUCCUCUUUUCUCUCCUUCUUUUUUUUUUUUCUUUUUCUUUUCCCCUUUUUCUCUCCUUCUUUUUUUUCCUUUUCUUUUUCUUUUCCCCUUUUUCUCUCCUUCUUUUUUUUUCUUUUUCUUUUUCUUUUCCCCUUUUUCUCUCCUUCUUUUUUUUUUUUCUUUUCUUUUUUCCUUUUUCUCUCCUUCUUUUUUUUCCUUUUCUUUUCUUUUCCUCUUUUCUCUCCUUCUUUUUUUUUUUUUCUUUUUUUCUUUUUCUUUUCCUUUUUCUCUCCUUUUUUUUUUUUUCUUUUUCUUUUCCUUUUUUCUCCUUCUUUUUUUUUUUUCUUUUUCUUUUCUUUUCCCCUUUUCUCUCCUUCUUUUUUUUUUUUUCUUUUCUUUUCCCUUUUCUCUCCUUCUUUUUUUUUUUUCUUUUUUUUUUUUCUUUUCCCUUUUUCUCUCCUUUUUUUUUUUUUCUUUUUUCUUUUCCUUUUCUCUCCUUCUUUUUUUUUUCUUUUUCUUUUCCCUUUUUUUCUCCUUCUUUUUUUUUUUUCUUUUCUUUUUCUUUUCCCCUUUUUCUCUCCUUCUUUUUUUUUUUCUUUUUCUUUUCCUUUUUCUCUCCUUCUUUUUUUUUUUUUUUCUUUUCUUUUCCCCUUUUUCUCUCCUUUUUUUCUUCUUUUUUUUCUUUUCCCCUUUUCUCUCCUUCUUUUUUUUCUUUUCUUUUCUUUUCCCCUUUUCUCUCCUUUUUUUUUCUUUUCUUUUCUUUUUCCUUUUUUCUCUUCUUUUUUUUUCUUUUUCUUUUCUUUUCCCCUUUUCUCUCCUUCUUUUUUUUUUUUUCUUUUUUUUUCCUUUUCUCUCCUUCUUUUUUUCUUUUCUUUUCUUUUCCCUUUUUCUCUCCUUCUUUUUUUUUUUUCUUUUUCUUUUCCUUUUUUCUCCUUCUUUUUUUUUCUUUUUCUUUUUCUUUUCCCCUUUUUCUCUCCUUCUUUUUCUUUUUCUUUUUCUUUUUCUUUUCCCCUUUUUCUCUCCUUCUUUUUUUUUUUCCUUUUUAAGGUUCUCUUUAUCUUUUGCUUCGGUUUCUCUUUUAUAUUCCUUUAUCUUUCUUGACCCUUCCUCGUCUGCUUUUCUCUUUCGUUUUUCGCUGUUAUCUUUGUUUUUCUUUCUUUCUUUUUUUUUUUUCUUUCUUUAUUUCAUUCAUUCAUUCAUUCUUUCUUUCUUUCUUCAAAUCUAUAUAUCUAACUUUUGGGCAAGCUAUCACAUUCUGUUCAUAUCUAUCUAUCUAUCUAUCUAUCUAUCUAUCUAUCUAUCUCAGUCUGUUCGUAUCUAUCUAUCUCAGUCUGUUCGUAUCUAUCUAUCUAUCUAUCUAUCUAUCUAUCUCUAUCUAUCUAUCUAUCUAUCUAUCUAUCUCAUUCUGUUUCUAUCUAUCUAUGUAUCCAUCAUAUCUAUUCAUAUCUAUCUAGCGAUCUACAACUUUCUCUUCAUAUGUAUCUAUCUAUUCUAUUCAUUAUCUAUCUAUCUAUCUAGCGAGCUACAACUUUCUCGUCAAAUCUAUCUAUCUAUCUAUCUAUCUAUCUAUCUAUCCUAUUCUAUUCAUAUCUCUCUAUCUAGCGAGCUACAACUUUCUAUUCAUAUCUAUCUAUCUAUCUAUCUAUCUAUCUAUCUAUCUAUCACAUUCUAUUUCUAUCUAUCUAUAUAUCUAUCUUAUUUUAUUCAUAUCUAUCUAGCGAGCUACACCUUUCUCUUCAUAUCUAUCUAUCUAUCUAUAUAUCUAUCUAUCUAUCUAUCUAUCUAUCUAUCUAUCUAUCACAUUCUCUACAACUUUCUAUUCAUAUCUAUCUAUCUAUCUAUCUAUCCUAUUCAUAUCUAUCUAUCUAGCGAGCUACAACUUUCUCUUCAUAUCUAUCUAUCUAUCUAUCCUAUUCAUAUCUAUCUAUCUAGCGAGCUACAACUUUCUCUUCAUAUCUAUCUAUCUAUCUAUCUUUCUAUCUAUCCUAUUCUAUUCAUAUCUAUCUAUCUAGCGAGCUACAACUUUCUCUUCAUAUCUAUCUAUCUAUCUAUCUAUCUAUCUAUCUAUCUAUCUAUCUAUCUAUCUAUCCUAUUCUAUUCAUAUCUAUCUAUCUAG